UUUGGGCAACAAGUAACUGGUGGUACUAUUGGCAUCAUUGGUUUUGGAAGUAUUGGAACUGCUAUUGCCAAAAGAGCAAAAACAUUUGACAUGAGAAUUCUGUACCACAGUUGGACAAGAAAAAAGUCAUUAUAAGAACACACAAGUGCAGAGUAUUGCCAUCGACUUCAUGAUCUUCUUAAGCAAGCUAACUUCCUGUUCCUCUGUGUUUCUCUGACAUCAGAAACCAAGUAUUUGAUCAGUGCAUCAGAGCUGUCAAUCAUGAAACCAUCUGCAACCCUAAUCAAUGUUUCCAGGGGAGACGUGGUUAAUCAGGAUGACUUGGUUAAAGCAUUACAAACAGGACAAAUACAAGGUGCAGCAUUAGAUGUGACAUCACCUGAACCUCUGCCAAGAGAUCAUCCAUUACUAACACUACCAAAUGUAAUCAUUACACCUCAUAAUGGUACUGCUGCCGAAUAUAGGAGAAUUAAAAUGGUAACCAUUGCAAUGAAAAACAUAGUAGCAGAAAUUGAAGGAUGUCCAUUGCUGUAUCCUGGUCAUUGAGAGAAAUUCUAGUUUUAAAUUUCUUAUAGAAAAUCCCACUAUCUAAAUUUGAA